GAAUUGGUUUGAGACGGACUGAACACUCCGACUGAAUUGGGCUUAAGGCCACUCUAGAACACUCAUUAGUGCUUUUCCCAGUUUCCAAAUUCUCGCACCCACCAUGGCCACGCAUAAUAAGUAACCUCCUUUUUGCUACUGACAUUCUUAGACAAGCUGAAUUCUUUGAUGUUCUGUUAUCGCUUUGAUGCAACCAUGGCAAUUUUUGUUAUCAUUACAAUCAUCUCAAGUUUCCCACCCGUUUGAUUGUUGGAUAAUUCUACGCUCGCCACUGAUGUUCCACUUCGACUAAAUACAUACUAUACUAUACUAUACCAUACUCUAUUGCGGCUUGUGCUUCAGAGCGUUAAUGCUGCAUUCGUAGACUCCAUACAUUUUAAUACUCUGGAACAAUUCCCAUGUGGAAUCAAAUCACCAGCUGAGACUCGAGACAUUUUGGUUUGAAGAAGGUUCUGCAACUGGUAACAUGGAUCGGCAAGCUACGCUGGGAGCAACACGUGAAGGGGGUGCAAAGAAGUCUAAACGGAAGAAUUUCGAUUGGAUAUCAGAACCGCGGACACUGGAGUUGACUCCAUUUCAACAAUUUACCGUGGAUAUCGAUUGGGAAAAAAGUCCUUUGGGCCCGAUGAAUGGAUGGUCGAAGCAGCUUCGUGCCAUGGUACUCUUGUGCUUUGCAGAUCCAAGCCCAGCCUCGAUUUUGUGGGGGGAUGACAGUACCAUUAUUUACAAUGAACCAUUUACCCAGCUUAUUGGUGAUAAACACCCUGUUUCACAAGGGCAAAAUAUAUGUAUUGGAUUUCCAGAAGUCUGCGAAUAUUUCGACGCAAUUAUCAAAGCACAAAAGGAGACAGGUAAAGCAAUUGUUCAGAAAGAUACCCUUCUUCUCAUUCAUCGGUAUGGCUUUGAAGAGGAAACCUACUUGACUUAUAAAUUCAUACCGGUCAUCUGUGAGAAUGAAGGCCAUGUCAUUGCUGUACGGACAACCAUUGAUGAGACUACAAGCCAAGUAAUUGGGCACAGGCGAAUGGCCGUUAUUCGUGCUAUGGGCGAACAAUUAUCUAAAGCCCAAAGUGUUCGUGAUCUCUGGAAUCAUUUGAUCCAAGGACUUGAGCUGGCUGAUAAAGACGCGCCUUUUAGCUUGUUAUAUUCGGUUUCCGAAUCAACCGACAAGUCAAAUCCACCUCCGUCAACAGCAUCUUCAUCACCUAUACCAUGCGUUCUUGAAGGCUCUGUUGGCAUACCCGAAGGGCACUCCAUUGCACCCUCGGGUUUUGAUCUAGCAUGUGACCAGACCUGGUUAACUAAGCCAUUCAAUCAAGCCAUGGACGCAAUGGAAAGCAUACUAGUGCCUGUGGAUUCUGAGGUAAGGCAAGUAUUCGAUGGCAUACAGUUUCGAGGAUUUGGCGAACCAACUAAUGUAGUUGUGAGUCCGAUAAUGGAUUCGGAGACACAAAGUGUUCUUGCUUUUCUUGUCAUUGCGUUGAAUCCUCGAUUAUCCUAUGAUAAAGAUUAUCAAGAAUGGAUCCAGAUUCUGUCAAAGCAGGUGACGACUCCUCAGCUUUCUGCCAUUAUACUACGCCAGGAAAUUGAAAGGAGGCUGGCAGUUGCGAAACAGGAGGCACUAGAUAGGGAAAUUCUAUCACAGCAACUUACCGAAAGCGAAAAGAAUUUUGCACGAUUUGCAACACGAAUUCCUGUUGGGCUCGCAAUCCUAAAGACCGAUGGAACUGCCAUAACAGCAAACGAUCUCUGGAGGUCUCAGACGAGAUUAGAGAUUGGAAGCUCGCAGGUCGACUGGGAGAAAGUAUUGGUGGCCGGAGAAUUCGAACCAGUGACAAGAUUUUGGUCGGAGGUUGUUGAAGAGAAAAAGCCCGUCACAUUUCAAACACGAAUUGAUAAGCCGUGGAGACCCCUGGAGCUAAAUACUGAUGGUGAAGAGCAGUGGGGGGAAAUUCAUAUCUUACUUACUCUAUAUCCGGAUCUAGACGAUGAAGGCAACGUUUCCACGAUCAUGAGUUGUAUCACGGAUAUUACAGAGUUAAAAUGGUCGGAAAAACAAAUACGAGCGAAAAUGGAACAGGCCCUGGAUAUGAGGAGGCAACAGGAGAGAUUCAUUGACAUGACCUCCCAUGAAAUGCGCAACCCACUUUCAGCAUUAAUUGGCUGUGCCGAUGAAAUACUCUCUUCACUGCACGAAUUUGAAGAUUCAGUUAAAAAAUUCAGUGGGUCUGGGAAAGUCUAUGAACCAACAUCCACCGAACCACCAAUGCAUCUAAUAAGUAGUGCCAUUGAGGCUACAGAUACAAUCAUUUACUGUGCCAUGCACCAAAAGCGCAUUAUUGAUGAUAUCUUGACUCUUUCAAGAUUAGACAGCAACCUUCUUGUUGUUUCCCCCGAAGCUUCUCAGCCGGUACAUAUCAUCCAUAACGCUCUCAAAAUGUUUGAAUCAGAACUCAAACAAGCUGACACCAAAUUAAAUUUCGUCCAACAUCAUUCUAUCGAAGAAUUGAAAGUAGAUUGGACCUUGUUAGAUCCAAGCAGAGUUCUUCAAGUUCUUUUGAACCUCAUGACUAACGCCAUCAAAUUCACUCGGACAGAGGAAGUCCGUCAGAUAACUGUCACCAUGGCCGCCUCGCUCGAAAGGCCAUCUUCCCAAAAAACGGAUGUCGAAUAUGUACCUAAGCAUCAAAGCAGCUCUGACCAAACUGUAAAGGGUGAAUGGGGAGAUGGGGAAGUCCUUUACAUAUCUAUCACCGUCACCGAUUCUGGUCGGGGCCUCUCGGAAGGCGAAAAAGCAAAUCUUUUUCACCUCUUCAUGCAAGCGUCUCCCAAAACUCACGUGCAAUAUGGGGGAAGCGGAUUAGGACUUUUUAUCUCGAGACAACUUACUGAAAUGCAAGGCGGUGAGAUUGGAGUUCGUAGCGAACGGGGGAAAGGAAGCACGUUUCAAUUUUAUUUGAAGACAAGAAGGACGACUCCACCACUUGAUUUGAAAGCUUCAGAAGAUGGUAUGAAAAAGGAUUUACAAAUGGCGUUGAGGGAUGACGCGCUCAGAGAGGCGUGUGGAUUUGAAAUAUCGAGUUUGAGUCGUGAAGAUAUGCUACAUAAUAAUGUAAGUGGGAUGACGGUGAGAAAAGAGGAGGUGAGGAUUCCGAUAAGACCUUUGCCGGUUAAGAGAAUGAGCUCUCGAAUACCUCCUUUAGGUAGUAAAAAGGGGGCGAAAGGAAAUCAGAAUGACGGUGGAGAAAGAGAGGAGGUAGCGUUAGAAGUGUUGGUUGUGGAAGAUAAUUUAUUGAACCAAAAAGUGCUGGUUAAAAGUUUGAGGAAAGAAGGAUAUAGGAUUAAUGUUGCAAAUCAUGGUGGGGAAGCAUUAGAAUUCCUUAAAAAGACGACAUUUUGGGUUGGAGAAAGUGGCGAGGAAGAGAACACAAAACAACCACUAAACCUCAUACUGAUGGAUUUAGAAAUGCCCAUUAUGGAUGGAAUCACCUGUGUAAGACAGAUCCGGAAGUGGGAGGCUCAGGGGGUGAUAAGGGGACAUGUGCCGAUUAUUGCCGUGACGGCUAAUGCGAGGAAAGACCAAAUAAUGAGCACGAUCGAAGCGGGCAUGGACGAUGUAACGACGAAACCAUACCGUAUCCACGAUAUGCUGAGACAGAUCGAGACAUUGGUUAAUCGGUAUCCGAAGUCUGAGAGCGACACGGAGAAUUCGAAUUCAGAAGUUUGGAUGAAGAAUCCUUCACAUACCACGGAUAUCUCAAAUCCAAACAUACACCACGCGCAAUCUUCGAAUGGGAAUGCUUCAGGAAGAAAUAGAUCUACUACCAAGAGCUCAACGACCUCAUCUACGAGUCCUUCGGAGAGGGAUCGCACUUUUGGGAAUUCUUCAAAUGCAACACGAGAUGGAGACUAGGAUUUUCCUAUUCCUUAGGUUGCCUUAGCUCAUUGUGUUAUUUUGAACACUUUUUCUUGUUAUCUUUUUACUUCCGUCUUGUCAUUAUACACACACACAUACAUAUAUUACAUAUGUUCCACGCGACUCCAGGCAGGCAUCAAGGGGAUUUCGGAGUUUGGGAUCUUGCAACAGAACGGGAAUCAAAAGUUUAGACAGCA